UUAUCAAAGAUAAGCUUCUCGAGUAAUAUCAGUAGGUCAUAAAAUUUACAACAUAUAUGUAGUCUAUAUAAAAGAAAAUCGUGGCCAAAUCGCAAUAGCUGACUUGGUCUCAAAGGAUAACAUGGCUUUCUGGAUACUUGCACUCGCUGCCUUAGCAGGUUCUGUAACCUCGCUGCCUAACCGGAUUGUGGGAGGUGAACCAACCACUAUCGAAAACUAUCCUUCAAUAGUCCAAGUAGAAUUCCAAGGAGUAUUCUCCGGUGUUUGGUCUCAAUCGUGUGGCGCUAACAUUAUUACCACUAGAACCGUAAUCUCCGCAGCUCAUUGUUUUGAAGGACGAAACUACUCACCACAAUUGCGUCGUAUCAGAGCUGGUGCCACUUAUAGGAACAACGGUGGACAAGUCAGCUAUGUUCUUGUCGCUUACAAUCACCCCAGCUAUAACUCUGUUUUGAGUUACGAUGGUGAUAUAACUGUGGUUAGACUAAUACAAGCACUGGUCUAUAGUCCUGCUGUUGCAAGAACUUCAAUUCCUGCUCAGGGUUCCGUUAUUCCAGCAAACCUACCAGUUGUCCACGCUGGUUGGGGAACCACCUCUUCCGGUGGUCAAUUAUCUUCAGUUCUUCGAGACGUCACCAUUUACACAGUCAACAAUACAUUAUGUGCUGAAAUCUACGCAAACCGUCCCAGGCCAUUGAAGGUUACUGAAAAUAUGAUUUGCGCUGGAAUCCUCGGCGUCGGUGGUAAAGAUGCUUGCCAGGGUGACUCUGGAGGUCCCCUGUACUACGGUAAUAUCACUAUUGGUGUUGUUUCUUGGGGAGCUGGAUGCGCCAUGGCUCAAUUCCCAGGCGUCAGCACAGCGGUCGCUCCUUACACAAACUGGAUCGUUGAAAAUUCCAUUUAAGUGUAUUCUAUUAAAAAGAUAUUGAUUUCGAGUAAAAUACUUUUGUUAUUUAUAAAAUGAAGUCUGAAUUUUUUUAAAAGCUACACAAUGGUCAUAACAAACUAAAUAUACCUUUAUCUACA